AUGGAUUUAGAAUGUCUAUUGUUCAGAGUACAUAAGUCAUUGUUGUCAUUUUCAAAAAGCAAGCAAAUCGUUAGCAUUUUAUUUAAGGCAUCAUCGAUUUCAAUUUUUUUCUAUUUGACAUAUUUCAUUGUGCUCAAUUUAAUUUAAAUAUCAAAACAAUCAUGCACAAAUAAUAUUGGUAUUUUAUUUUCCUUUAAAUAGAAUUUAUGAAUUAAAAUUAAUUCAAAAAUGAAACCUUAUUCAAAAUAUUUAUUUAUGAAUAAGAAGAAAUAUACUAAUCUUACAAAUAUACUAAAUAAUCAGCAAUUUAUAGUUUGCCUGAAGAAAUUUUGAAAAAACAUAAUAUAUCAAUAGAAGAGUAUAAAAUAGAAAAGGAAUGUUAUGCCAAAAACUGGGUUGAAAAUUUGAUAUUAACUAAACCAAAUAUUGAGAUUCUCUUUUUAAAUGACUUAAUACAAAAGUUAAGGAAUGUGAAUGAAACCCAUUAUAUAUUAGAAAUAGAGAACAAUAAGGUUUUAAUUUGGAUGAAUAAAUUGGAAGUUGAAGAAGAAACAAAUCGGGCUUCUGAAAAAAUCUUUAAAGUUUUCGCUUUUACAAUAAAAUGCACAAUAUAUUUGUUUUGUUAAACAUGUAUAGCUAGUUUGAUUAUUAAAAUACUUUAAUUUGGAAUUCCCAUUUUAUUGAAUGCAGGAUGGUAUCGAUUAUAUCAAAGAAUAUUGAUAAAUAAUAAUAAAACUUCUCAUAUGUUAAAGAUAAGUUACUUAUUGUUAUUUUUUGUAUUUUUCUAGGUAUAUUAAUCUAGAACACUGUUAACUUACAUUUAUUAUAAUCAAGCUACAAUUCAAUCUUAGAAAAAUCUAUUAUUGUAAAAAAUUUUCAUUUAAAUAGAUUAAUUUUAUUUAAUGAGAUAAUGAGUAAUUUCUUCUUCAGAACUAGAUCUACUUUAGCAUUUGCACCAAAAUAUUUGGUUUCUUAUUAUAUACUAUUUUUCAUAUAUAUGGAAGGGACAAGUAAUGAAAUUCAUGAAUAUAAUAGGUUUUGCAUUUUAUUAUCAUUUUGUAAAUAUUUUAUGGCUCUUGAGUUUUGCAACAGUUCUUGGUUUUUUGCAUUUUUAUGAAAUACCAGCUAUACAAGAGUGGAAUGAAGCUUCAUUCUAUACUCCAAAAAUAACUAGACCAAGAACCCUUUAUUUUCCACUUACCCAAUUAGAAUGGAAGGUGGAUAUUCCUUAAAUAUGGACUAUGUUUUAUCCUUUACAUGGAAGAAAAUUUUUCAAUGUUGAAAAUUUGGCAUUAGUUGACGAUAAUUAAGAUCUAUUAAAUAAUUAUUUAUAAUAGAAUGCUGCUAAUUAGUGA